AUGGAAUCUGACAUCAUCAAAUAUAGCGUUGAGUCCAACCGGGAAAGUGGUACAGGAAUGACGCAAUCAUCAUCCAUGGAGAUGUUUACAACUGUAGCUGAAAAGCCAAGGAAAUAUAUGCAUUCUUUUCCAACUUAUAUGAACGCAUUGAGCAUGAUUACAGGCGCAGAAGUCCUCAGUGUAAGUAACUCAAUGACACUAACAGGAAUCGUAUCAGCAGUAAUCACUUUAGCCUCUGUUGCAAUUUUUUCAUAUACUUGUACUGCAAUUAUCUUAAAAAUUCGAAGUAAAACCAAUACAGAAAGCAUCAACCAACUCGCGACAACAAUUGUUGGAAGGUGGUUUGGAAAUCUUUACUCAAUUAUUAACUUAUGUUUUACUUUUAGCUGUUUAACUGCUGAUAUAUAUAUAUUGGUGCUGAAUCUGCUAUUGGAUGGGCUGUUCUAG